AUUUUUGGUCUGAGGUAGAGAUAAGAGCCACUGACUGGCUGCUUUGCUUUUCUGCUUUUUAGGUUGAACCCCAAUAUCCGUCUCUGGGUUUUUAUUAUUCAUGCAUACAUACAUAUGAUUAGAGAGUGGAAAGUUAGGUAGAUGUGUAUCCGUGAAGGAAGAUCAUGUAAAUACAUCUAUGUGUGAGAAAGGGGAGGAGUAUUAACAGGACCUCUGAUGGUUAUUUCUCAUAGGAUUUUACAGGUAACUGAUAACUGAUAUUUCCCCCAUGGGAUAUAUUUCCCCCAGAGGAUAUCUGUCUGCUGCUGAUGUAACUUUGCCAGUACUUGUUCAUUUCCUUGAGGUCUUAAGCAUUAGGGGCAGAUGAGAACAAGAUGAAGGCGUUAAAAGGACUUAAGAGCAAAAUGCACGAGCAUUAGAGCAGCUAGACAGAUGCCCAUCACAGCAUCACAAGGGAUGCAAAUCCUUACAUUCAUCAAAAUUCAGACAAGCUAGAAAGAGAUUUUACAAGACACAAUGACACAUUCCGAGGUCUAGUAGUCUCCCAAACUCAUUUGUUACAAAUAAUAUUGAGACACACCCUUUGAUGACCCAAGCAACAGAUAACCCAGAUCCCUGCCCUCAAAAAAAUGAGUAAUUAUCUGAAAAGACAUUUCCCCAAAGAUUUCCAAAUUGGCAAUAAACAGGUGAGAUGAUGUUUAUGUUACUGGCUAAGGAGAAGAAAGUCCAAGUCCUGAGGUACCAUUCCCUACACAGUGGGUAAACUGGAGUUUUAAAGACGGACAACAGGAGAACGUAGAGAAAUCGGAGCUCUUGUUCUCUGCUGAUGGGAAGGUGAAAUGCUGUCUGCAGCUGCUGAAAAACAGCCACGCAGCUUGUUAAAAGGUUUAUAAUAGUUACUACACAACCUCUACUCAUGGUGAGUAUGUAAGAGCAAUGAGAUAAUAAGAAAACAUUAAAAUAUACUCUGAUAUUCAUGACACUGUUAUACCCCAGAAUGUAAAAUGGAAACAUCUCAGAAGUGCACAAGCUGAGGAGUGAAUAAAAUGUGGAGUUAUGAAUCCUAAUUAGAGAAUGAGAUGGAUCAGGACAAGCAUGUAUGAUAACAUUAGGCUAAGCCACAGAAGUCUCUCUCUCUCUCUCUCUCUCUCUCUCUCUCUCUCUCUCUCUCUCUCUCUCUCUUUUUCUGUCUCUGCCUCUUACACACACACACACACACACACACACACACUAGCUACAGGAAGUAUAGAUUCUAGUUGUAGGGCAUGUGCAUGUAUGUCAGAAUCAAAGGAAAGAAGAUGAGUGGUUGUUCAGCCUGGGGGUGGGGCAGGGUGUGUGUAGGAAUUUGAGAGGUAAUGGCUAAAACUGAGAGUUAGAAAAUGUAAAUAUUCUGCAAUUGAUUGGUAUUGGCUGUUAACUUCAUCAGAUAAACCAAACCCCACUAACUUUUACAUAUUAGACACAUGAAUCACAUUACAAUCAAUGUGAUUUAUUUUUUGGUAAUAAUAAUAAUAAUAAUAAUAAUAAUAAUAAUAAGAAGAAGAAGAAGAAGAAGAAGAAGAAGAAGAAGAAGAACCAAACCCUAGGCCCCGGAAAGGGAUUUCGCUUGCCAGGAAGUUUUAUCUGAGAGGUUCGGAGUCUCAGCAAUGGCUUCGGGGUAACUUCUUGGAUCCUCCACGUUUCCGGAUCCUAGUGAAGACAGGUGGGCCAGACUGGGGACAUGGACCUAUCAGCUGGGCUCUCUGUGCUGCUCCUGCUGCUGCUGUGGUCCAUGGCCCCGCAGGCGCGGCCUCAGCGGUCCCAUUCUCUGUACUAUUUCUUCAUGGGUGCUUCUGAGCCAGACCUUGGGCUGCCCUUGUUUGAGGCUCUGGGCUAUGUGGACGACCAACUCUUCGUGUCCUACAAUCACGAGAGUCGCCGUGCGGAGCCCCGGGCCCCGUGGGUCUUGGAUCGGACCUCGAGUCAGCUGUGGCUGCAGCUGAGUCAGAGCCUGAAAGGCUGGGAUUACAUGUUCAUUGUGGACUUCUGGACUAUCAUGGACAACUAUAACCACAGUAAGGUUACUAAGGUGGGAGUGGUGUCCGAGUCCCACAUCCUGCAGGUGAUCCUGGGCUGUGAGGUGCACGAAGACAACACUACCAGCAGCUUCUGGAAGUAUGGGUACGAUGGUCAAGACCACCUCGAAUUCUGCCCCAAGACGCUGGAGUGGAGAGCAGCAGAACCAGGGGCCUGGGCCACCAAGGUGGAGUGGGAAGAGCACAAUCUCGGCGCCAGGAAGAACAAGGACUACCUGGAAAGGGACUGUCCUGAACAACUGAAGCAGUUCCUGGAGUUGGGGAGAGGGCUUCUGGGGCAGCAAGUGCCUCCUUUGGUGAAGGUGACUCAUCACUGGACCUCUGCCGGGGCCUUUCUAAGGUGCUGGGCUCUGAACUUCUCCCCCCAGAAUAUCACUAUGCGGUGGCUGAAGGACGACCAGCCGCUGGAUGCCGAGACCAUCAACCCCGAGGAUAUGCUGCCCAAUGGGGAUGGGACCUAUCAAAGCCAGGUGACCUUGGCUGUGACCCCUGGUGACAAGACAAGGUUCACCUGUCAAGUGGACCACCCAGGCUUGGACCAGCCCCUCUCUGUCACCUGGGAGCCCUUGCCUUCUCGGGCCCUGAUUAUUGGAGUCGUCAGUGGGAUCGCCGUUGGUGUCCUCUUCCUUGUUGGGGCUUUGUUCCUGAUCUUCAGGAAAAGGAAGGCUUCAGAAACCAUGGGUGACUACGUCUUAGCGGAGUGUGAAUGACCUGCAGCCUGCAGUCCCAUGAAGGGAGGAGACUCAGCCGAAGACCUAGAGGAAGCACACUUGCUCCAUUCUAGAACACAGUUGGACCUAAUACACAGAAACUGCCUGAGAAGCUCUGCUCUUAGCUUUCCCUGUUCUCUUUCUGAAGAUGAUUGAUUCCCCAGUCAAGUGUUUGAGUUCCCGAACAACGCUCCAGAUGCAACCUCUCUCUCCAGAAGCGGUCUCAUGAUUCUCCAGCAGCUUCUAGAGGCAUCCUUCAUUUUCUCCAUCCAUCUGGAUCCCAUAUGUGUACUUCUUAAAGGGACUCUUCUAAAUCUGAGGAUACACAGUUCAUUUUCACAUCGGAAGAAGCUAUGAAUCUUCAUCCUGGGAUGCACACUCAUACUUGUGCCAGAAUUUUGCACGUGUAUCCUAGAAUCCAGAUCAACUGUCCUUUGAGCGUCUCCACCUGUUAUCUAGUGAUUCCUCUGUCACCAAGCUCUGACUUCUCUGAUGUUGGAGUCUUCUAUGGGUCAUCAAUACAGCUGUGAAGGCUACACACUGUAAAACCCAAGGAGGAACCCUCUGAGAAAAUAUAGAUGUUUGUGUGCAUAAUGA